GGAUACCCUACUUCUCACCGAGGCGAACGAGAGGCAGCUGAAAACAGUUUGCUACACCGCCAAAUUUCCUAAACCUCCUAAACCUCCACCAAAACACAGCGAUUGAAUUGAACCCAGUUUCGAAAAGAAGAAGAAAUAAUGAUAUCAGCAAUUUCGUGGGUGCCCAAAGGGGUUUCGAAGCCGGUUCCCUCCGUCGCCGACCCGCCCACCAAAGAGGAAAUCGAAGAGCUGAUUAAAACCGGCGCCUUGGAGAAAAGUGGAGAUGCUGAAAGUGAGGACGAUGAUGGAGAAAUGGAUGUUGAAAUCCCCAAGCAGGGUGAUCAAGUCUCCCAAGCAUUAGAGGUGGCAAAAGCACUCGGAAGAGCUCCUAAAGUUACCGAGCCAGGGGCCAAAUUUGAUGACAUAGCCGAUGGAUUGAGGGAACUUGACAUGGAACAUUAUGACGAUGAGGAUGAUGGCAUUGAUGUGUUUAGUAGUGGGGUUGGGGACCUUUACUACCCAAGUAACGAUAUGGAUCCAUAUCUAAAGAAGGAAAAGGAUGAUGACGAGGAUUCUGAAGACAGUGAUGACAUGACAAUUAAUCCAAGUGAUGCAGUCAUAGUUUGUGCCCGCAACGAGGAUGAAGUCAGCCAGCUUGAGAUAUGGCUGUAUGUUGAAUCAAAAGAUGGUGAAGCAGAUGUUUUUGUUCACCAUGACGUCAUCCUUUCAUCAUUUCCCCUUUGCACAGCAUGGCUUGAUUGUCCUCUCAAAGGUGGAGACAAAGGAAACUUCAUUGCUGUUGGUUUAAUGGAUGAACCUUCCAUUGAGAUAUGGGAUCUUGACAUUAUUGAUGAAGUGCAACCAUGCGUGAUAUUGGGUGGUAUUGCUGAGAAGAAAAAAAAGAAAGGAAAGAAGGUAUCAAUCAAAUACAAAGAAGACAGUCACAGAGAUUCAGUUCUCGGGCUUGCUUGGAAUAAGGAGUACAGAAAUAUACUUGCUAGUGCAAGUGCUGACAAACAAGUUAAGAUUUGGGAUGUGGCUACUGGAAAAUGUAAUAUUACCAUGGAGCACCAUACAGACAAGGUUCAGGCAGUUGCAUGGAAUCAUUUUGCCCCGCAAGUUCUUCUCAGUGGUUCUUUUGAUCAUACAGUAGUCUUGAAAGAUGGGAGGGUGCCAUCACAUUCCGGGUAUAAGUGGACAGUCACAGCUGAUGUAGAAAGCUUAGCAUGGGAUCCACACACUGAGCAUUCAUUUGUGGUGAGCCUAGAAGACGGCACAAUCAAAGGUUUUGAUAUUCGGGCUGCCACAUCUGCUCCUUCUUCCGAGUCUAAACCGAGUUUUACUCUUCAUGCUCAUGACAAAGCUGUAUGCUCAAUCUCAUAUAACCCUGCAGCACCGAAUCUUCUUGCAACUGGAUCCACAGAUAAAAUGGUAAAGCUUUGGGAUUUGUCAAACAACCAACCUUCAUGCAUUUCAUCCAGGAAUCCUAAAGCAGGAGCUGUCUUUUCUAUUUCGUUUGCAGAAGAUAACCCUUUUUUGCUGGCCAUAGGAGGCUCAAAAGGGAAACUGGAAGUAUGGGAUACAACGUAUGAUGCUGCGGUUGCCCAAAGAUUUGGGAGUUACUACAAGAGCAGAACCCAAGCUGGACCUUCAUCUGGUUAAACCAGAAGACGAUAGAGGAGUAUUUUUCUCACCUUUCUAAACUUUAGAGCUUCUUCUAGGGAACAAGUAGCAUUGCCUUCUAGAGGUCUUGCAGUUUUGGAAUCUUUUAUGAUAUUUGGAAUACCCCAUCACAGCCUUGGGUGUAUAAUCGGCGUAAGCAGAGGUGGUUUUGUUUCCUGUAUGAAUGUAUUGUUAAAAGGGAAUAUGAAUUUUUGAAGUUAAAUGUUAGAAAGUUUCAAAUUCAA